AUGGCCUCUUCAAGGCUCCUGAGAUCGUUUCAAAGACUCUUAACUAGCAGUCUCUUCUUUCUCUGCGCAGCCCUCACAUUUCUAGCCUUCUUUUCCAUCAAGCCAAAACCCCAUUACGGUCCUGCUAUCCAGCCCAAUCCCUCCGAUGUCUGGUUCGAUCUUUUUGCAAAAGAGUUCAAUACCCAGAAAAUAAAAAUCGGUUUAGUUAAUAUUGAUGAUGGUUUAAAGAGUGUUUAUGAUGCAUAUGGAUUAGCAGAGACUGUGUCGGUUGAUUUCCAGCCUGUUUCGAAGGAAAAAAAAUGGGAUGAUUUUUUCCCAGAGUGGAUAGAUGAAGAGCAAAAGUGGGGCGCACCACAGUGCCCGGAGAUUCCCAUGCCGAGACUGGAAAAUUACCUUGGCUUAGAUGUGAUCGUAGCUAGGGUCCCUUGUGGUGGUGAUGAAGGAGCAACAGAGAAGGAGGGGAUUAGAGAUGUGUGGAGGCUGCAAGUGAAUUUGGUGGUGGCUAAUCUUGCGGUGGCGAAUGGGUUUGUGAAGAAGCCGGCGGAAAGUGAACGGCCGGUGUACGUUGUGUUUAUAGGGUCUUGUGGACCCAUGCAAGAAAUUUUCAGAUGUGAUGAUCUGUUGACUCGUAUAGGUGAUCAUUGGGUGUACAAGCCUGAACUAAAGAAGCUGAAGCAUAAGAUGGUAAUGCCCGUUGGAUCAUGCCAGAUUGCUCCACCAUUUGCAGAGACAGGCCAAGAAGUUUGGAAAAAAUUACUUGCAUUUUCAACGGGCACGUACAACCAGAGCGCGUACGAAAGGGUUGCCUAUGUAACAGUCCUCCAUUCCUCAGAAGCUUAUGUCUGUGGAGCACUAGCUUUGGCUCAAAGUAUAAAUCAAACCAAAUCUACCAAAGACCUUGUCUUACUCCACGACUCCUCGAUAACUCCGAAGUCUCUUCGAGGUUUAAGAGCUGCUGGGUGGAAAACCAGGUUGAUAGAACCCAUCAGAAACCCUUAUGCUAGAAAGGGCUCAUAUAAUGAAUGGAACUAUAGCAAGCUUCGAGUUUGGGAAUUAACAGAUUAUGACAAAGUUAUUUUCAUAGAUUCAGAUAUCAUAGUUCUUAAAAAAAUGGAUUCCUUCUUUUAUUACCCACAAUUAUCAGCUUCUGCAAAUGACAAGAUGUUGUUCAACUCUGGAAUCCUGGUGAUAGAGCCAUCGACGUGCAUGUUCAAAGAUCUGAUGUCCAAGACUUAUAAGUUAACUUCUUACAAUGGUGGUGAUCAAGGGUUUCUUAAUGAAGCCUUUACAUGGUGGCAUAGGUUGCCUUCAAAGCUGAAUCAUCUUAAGGUCUUCCAAGGAAAAGGGAACAAAAAUCAUGAGAUCCCAGCCGACAUUUAUAGUAUUCAUUUGUUGGGAUGGAAGCCAUGGAUGUGUUAUAGUGAUUAUGAUUGCAACUGGGAUAUGUUGCCUCGUCAGAUUUUUGCCAGUGACUCAGCUCACAGAAGGUGGUGGCGGGUGUAUGAAGCUAUGCCGAAGAAAUUGCAGAAAUAUUGUGGGUUAACCAGGCAAAUGGAUGCCAGGAUAAGGAAGUGGAGAGGGAUUGCUAAGAGAGCAAAUUUAUCUGAUGGGCAUUGGAAGAUCAAGGCCAGAGAUCCAAGACAACGUCUCUUAAUUUGAUAAUUAAUCAUCAGUCUAAUUUGUCACCUUAUGGAGAGAGGUAUAUAUGAAUCACUACUGCAAAUGACUGUAAAAUUCACAUAAAAUCUUAUAUAUUU